AUGGCACAGGGCAAGUCAUCUUACAAUGCAAUUGUCGCAUUGGUUGCUGCAACAGGCAGUAUUUCGUAUGGCUAUCUCAUCUCAAUUGUUGGGAGUACCUUGAGCAAACCAGACUGGUACGUCUACUUUGGACUGACGACCUCUGGUCCGGGACUCAGUCGAUCCAAUGCCCUCAUUGCUGCCAUACAAUGUCUGUUCUACGUUGGCAGCCUCGUUUGCAACCUGGUGUAUCCUUACGUCUCGGACCGAUGGGGCCGCCGCACACCUAUCGCUGUGGGCUCUGUCAUCACCAUUGUUGGAGGGGCCCUGCAGACUGGAUCAGUCCACCCAGCAAUGUUCAUCGUGGCACGCUUUAUCUCAGGCUUUGGUGCCGUCUUCUUCAUGUGUGGCGUCCCUUUAUACCAGGCAGAGAUCGCGCCGCCAAAUUUCCGCGGCUUUCUUGUGGGAUUGCACGGAGCUCAAAUCGGUACGGGAACUCUCAUCGCUCAAUGGAUCGGGGUUGCCUUCUUCCACGUUAAUGGUUCCGGAGGUUGGCGAGGUCCGUUGGCCAUCCAAUGUCUGUUCCCGGCCCUUAUACUCGGUCUUAUUUGGACGCUCCCUGAGAGCCCCCGCUGGUUGUACAUGAGAAGCCGUCCAGAGGACGCCCUGAAAGUGCUUGUCAAACUACACUCCAGCAAGUCGUCCGUCUCGCACACAUUUGCUGAGGAGGAGUUCAAGAUUCUUAAGGCACAGAUUGAUUUCGAGUCUCACUCACGACUCUCGAUCUUGAGCAUACUGAAAAGAGCACCACUCCGGAAGAGGCUGAUUAUUGGAUUCGUCUCCAUGUUCGGCACACAAUGCAUCGGGACACUCAUCAUCCUGGCCUAUGGACCAGUCAUUUUUGGCACUCUCGGCUAUGGACCCUUCACCAUUGCCCUGUUGUUCGCGGCAUGGACUGUCCUCAACCCGAUUGGCAAUCUCAUUGGUGGCUGGCUGAAUGACAAGGUGAACAGACGUACGAUGUUAUUAAUCGGAUAUUUCGGCGCGAGUGCCUGGAUGGUUUGCGUCGCCGUCCUUGUCAAAUUGUACGCUGGAACCCCCAAUAAGGCUGGAAACAGCGCAACGGUAUUCUUUAUCUUCUUGGACCUGAUCUGGAUUACAACAUUCAUUGAGGCAACCUCCUUCAUUUACAUGGCGGAGCUCUUCCCCAGCUAUAUGCGAUCUCAAGGAGUCUCUUUGGCAAUGUCGGGACUCUUUGCGAUCUCCCUGAUUCUCACGGCAGUGACCCCCACGGCUCUGGCUCACAUCGGCUGGCGGUACUACGUCGUUUUCGCCGUCCUGGCUGCAGCGAUGUUCGUGAUCAUACUUGUCUGGUGGCCCGAGACCCGAGGUUACACUCUCGAACAAAUCGGAAGCGUUUUUGGCGACGAGGUCGUUGUCGUCGAGACUCUUGAAACAUCGGUGCUCUCGAAGCGCAAUAGCUACGAACAGGUUGAAGAAGUCAGCAAUGUGGCAUUACCCGACAGUGAGACUAAGCAGGCAAAUUGA